AUGGUUGAUUCUUUACAAAAGGCCUCGUCUGCAGUUCACAGCGAGCGGACACCCACAUCAUCGACACGUACGGGUGCUGCUCACUCCACAAAUCAUAAUCAACCAUCAGACGCUGCUAGUCAACAAAAUUGCACCUCGUCAACGGCAGUUCAGGAUGAUGACGAGGGUGACAAUGUCGCGGCUUACAUGGAUGCGAUGAAUGAUCGACCCAUUGAACAAGAACAAGCCGCCGUGCCACUUUAUCUGGGCGAACCGCAUCUACUUUCAUUUGUGAUGGAUGUCUGCAACUCUGGGCACCAGUCUCACUACCUGGUGCCACGCGCCGCCGCUCGCACGCUUCCCUCAGACGACUUGACCUUUUUACGAGUCAAGGGCUGCUUCUCAUUACCUAGUCCCAAGGUGUGCGAAAGUUUGUUGAAACACUACUUCCACUACGUCCAUCCGCUGCUGCCGAUUGUGGAUGCCAAUCGUGUGCUCACUCAAUAUCACCACGAAGGUGACGCACCGUGCGUGAACCUGCUCCUGUUAUGGAGCAUGUUCUUCGCCGCCGCCAAUUUUGCAAGCCCUGAACUAGUUCAGGAAGCCAAAUAUGCUUCGCGGAAAGCCAUGAAGAGAGAUCUGUACCAGAGAGCAAAGUUAUUGUAUGAUUCCGACUACGAAACUGACAAGAUCGUGGUCAUUCAAGCGGCGCUUCUACUCAGCUACUGGUUCAUCGACUCCGAGGACCGCACUGGCACCUACCAUUGGAUAGGCAUUGCCAUCAGCCUUUGCCAUACCAUUGGCCUGCAUCAAGAUACCCAACGCCCAUCCUUGAAGACUGCUACCUUACCCAACGCCCAACACGCCCUAUGGAGAUCGAUAUGGUGGUCAUGCUUGUGCCGCGAGACUUGGAUCUCGUUCGGCAUGGGGCGCCCGAUGCGGAUCAUGAUGGAGAACUGCAACGUUCCCAUGCCGACCCUCGAGGACGUGAUGCUGUUGUACGGAAAUGACACGACCCCCGGGCGAGAAUCUCUCAUGCCCCAAGAAGUGCCCUCGCUCGCCCUGUGUUGGCUCAAGAUGCUGAACACGACGGUGGCACUGUACAACAUCCACCGGACACACUACGGUCCUAACAGAGCCAAGUCCUCGACGGCUGACAUUGCCCGUGAUCAAGACAUGUUGCUGAAUUGCGCCCAAAUGCCGUCUGCUUCCGGCACCAGUCAAGGCAUACACCAGCCCUUGAGACUGGUCCAACAGCAACUCGAACUCAUUGAGCACUUUAUCUCCAUUGCACUGUACAGACUGUACAUACACAAGGCUCCGUCAGACCUCAGCCCUGAACAGUACGAGUUGUGGCGGCCUACCAUCAUGGAAAAGGUGUAUGCUUCUGCUUCUGCAGCCAGCACAGUCCUUGUAACUUUGGGGCAAGCAAGCCUCAUCGAUCGCUGUCAAUCAAUCAUAAUCACCGCGAUUAUCCCCGUCAUGCAAAUCCACCUCUAUGGCUCGGUUUUCUCCGACGGGCUGCGGCAAAAAUUCAGCAUCUACCAACUGGACAUGUGUAUGGCCGUGCUUGCGGAACUGGGCAAAACCUUCUGGGCGGCCGACAUGACUUACAACAUCUUCUCCGAGGCCAAGCGGAAGAUCAAAUCCAAAUUCGACAGACAACCACCCGUUCCGCGACCUUCUAAUAUCACAUCGCCAGGAUCUAACCACUGCAUCUCGACUCUGACACCGACACCAGCCCAGCCCGUGACAGCCAUGGGAAAUCCGUCGAGCCAUGGCCAGACUUCCUCUUCAAUGGAUCUUUCAGAGCCAGAUCUGAGCGCGCUGUUGGGCGGCGAACUGUUCCUCUCGGCAGAUAGAUGUCUCUUUCCGGACACGAUCUUUGAGCCCGGUGGCGAAUGGGACUUUGACAGCAACACCUUUAUGAGUCCGUCGGGGUUUAUGAACUUUGAGAACACGAAUGAAGUGGCGUUCAUGUCUCACGAGACGUGA